AUGAGGUCUGACCCUUUGGACACUAUGUCCUCCCCAUCCUCCCAGAGUGAUAGCGCUGACACAGAGAUUAGCAGCUCUGAGAACAAUUUCAGCCUCUCUGUAGGCUAUUUUCCUUCACAGGAUACAAACUCCUGUGAAGAAACAGUCCCAGAGGGUGAUUCCAUCCAUUUCCUUCCACCCAUCCAAGGAGCAUGGCUAACUGAAAGCACAGGGAGACCUAAAGGAAAACAUAGCCAAGUUCAGAUGAGCCCAGAACAAUUUUCCAAACUUAGCAUUACCCUAGCAUGGGAUAUUGAUCUGGGCCCUGACCAAGCCGACUCAGUAUCUCAAUGUAAAUUAAACAGAGAAAAUAACUGGGCAGGUACGAAGCGACAACGAAAUAUACACUGGACUAUGGGGGAGCUGGACUGUUUUGUUCAAAAGCUGGAAACAGAUAUUCAGAAAGAAAACACUCUCAUCCCUGAGUCACGUCCAAAAAAAGAUUCCCACACGGUUUCCCUUCUAGAAACCACUAAAACCACCACUAAGUCCAUCCUAGAUGAGAAUAUGCCUCCAAACUCUUCAACUGUUCAACUGGCAGAAAAUAUACAACCAGUCAUGCCACAGGAGUACAAGCUCAGAGCAACAAAAGAGAUGGAGACUUGGCAGUACAGGCAGGAAACACCAAGCUACAAGAACAAGAGAGCAAGCUCUGGAGAAUCUUCUUCACUAUCCACAGGAAAGAGGGAGGACCAGCCUCCACCUUCCCCAGGUAUACAGUCGCUGUCCUGUUUAAACAUAAGCCGACUUCUUCGGUGGUUAAGGGAGCAAGUCAUUUCCUCAAUCUCAGGGAGGGUGCAGUCCCAAAACAAGGAUGCCGAGGGCACAAAACUGCCAGCCCAGAAAAGACUGCGCUCAUGUAGAGAAUGGAGAGUCCAACCCCAGGACACUCCAAAAUCUACCGACCCAAAGCCACUGGAUUUCUGA